AAUACAGCAUUUCACAACACCAACACGUGCCACUAUGACCCCAUCAUGAUUCGGUCAACAUUAUUUCAAUUUGUCCAUUGUUUUAUCUUACGUUUGAGCUACGUUUUCUAUUGACGUGUUGCGGUACCGACGUUUUCCAUACGAAUUACACAUUAUAUAUAUUUCACAAUUCAAGGGAACGUUUACUACAGUAACUGUACGUGGUGGAUAUAUUUGAAAGUGGUUUUAAAGGGUAUGUAAGUAGGCUUAUAUCUGGGUUGUUUGAAAGUCUGAAUGAGUUCAUGGGCCUAGGAGACUGGGAACAGUGAAACACUGGAAAUCAGGAAGCCAAGAUUGUGAUACCAGUGUAUUUGUUUAUCGGCUUUACAGCAACCGACACUCUGUACUACAGACCACGAUCAUCUGUGAACACUGAACAGUUCUAAAGGGAAUUUAUCACUGUCUACGUGAACGCAUAACAGCAUAAUAAGUAUGGAUGCAAAGACCAGUGCUGUGGCUGCAGGGACUUUGGCAGUGGUGGGAGCUGCAGUGGGAUACGUUAUAGCAAGACGAAAAGCAAAGUAUGAAUCGAAAGCGCUGAAGUUGAACAGCAGAAACAAUAAAGACAACCCUGUCGCUGAGUAUAUACAAUCUCACUUACAACCUCUUCAUCCAGCUCAGGAAAAAUUAAUAAAGAUUACAGAUUCUGUCCCACGCCGUCGGAUGCUUUCAGACAGCCUUGAAAUGCAACUAAUACACAAUGUGUUAAUGAGCAUGGGAGCCAAGAAGACUAUAGACGUAGGAGUAUAUACUGGCUUCAGUGCAUUAACGGUGGCCUUGGCUAUCCCAGAUGACGGUAAAGUCGUGGCUUGUGAUAUCACAAUGGACUAUCCCAAGUACGGGGUGCCGGUUUGGAAAGAGGCCGGGGUUGAUCACAAGAUAGAUUUGAGAAUAGCACCAGCAGUGGAAAGUCUACAAAAGAUGUUAGACGGUGGUGAGGAAGGCACUUACGACUUCAUGUUCAUUGAUGCUGACAAGAGCAACUACGAUAACUAUUAUGAACUUGGUCUUAAAUUACUCAGGCCAGGAGGUCUGAUGGCUUUGGACAAUAUGUUAUGGGGAGGUCAAGUAAUGGACCAGUCUGUGAAUGAUAAAGAUACAAUCGCAUUGAGAGCAAUGAACGACAAGAUCGCAAAGGACGAUAGAGUGAAUGCAACUCACAGGGUACCACAUUUUGGUGAUAUGAUGUCUGCCAAGAUGAAAUAUACUCGUAGAGUUUGAAACCACAUCACUAAAAGAAGUUCAACAAAAAUGAACAAUACUCAAAGAUAAAAAUGAGCUUCUAAAGUAAUAUGCAUUAAAUUUGAAAUAAAGAUAUAUUUUAAAAUACAGAUAUGUAUGUGCACUAAGUAAUAGUAAAAUUCAAAUAGAAAUAAAGUUAUAUUUUAAAAUAACAGAUAUGUAUGUACACACUGAGUAAUAGUAAA